AUGACAGGUGGUGGUGCAGAAGUCUCGAAGAAAAUUCGAGCUGCUAUAAAAGCUAAAUUAGAAGAACUCGGUGUAUAUGUAGAUGAAGAAUUGCCAGACUAUAUAAUGGUGAUGAUUGCGAAUAAAAAGGAGAAAACACAAAUGAAGGAGGAUUUAUUACUUUUCCUGGGCAAAAAUUCUGAAAAGUUUGUAGAUUGGCUGUUUGAUAUUUUUGAACGUUUACAAUCGGCCACUGUUCCGAGUGCUGUCCAGGAAUUAAACGAUAACAAACGGAAGGACAACGAAAACAGUAGUCAUCGAAAAGAACUGGAAAAUGCGAAUAAACGAGAAAAAGAAAAAAGUUUGGAUAAGAAGAAAAAGCAAGAAAGCUCUAGUUCGAAAAGUACAUUAAAAGAACACGAAAAAAAAGAAAAAGAAAGGCAACGCGGAAUGAAAGAGCCUGAAAGAAGGGAAAAUGAGAAGCGUACUGGCAUUGCAAAGGUUGUGAAGUCGAAGCCAUCACAUAGAACAAAAUCUCCUGUUUUGCCACCAGAAAAGACGCGUCGUCGAAAAAAGCUCGAAAGUCCAGAACGUCGAGGAACUGCACGUUUCGGAGUGAAACGAGAUGGUGGUGAACGAAAUGAUCGGAAAAUUUUAGCAGUGCGAUCAGAUGGUAGGACCGAAAGAGUGGCAAGGGAAGACGCAAAAUAUUCUAAAAGACGAAAUGAUGAAGAGGAUAAACGACUCAAAAGAGUUACCUGCACAAGCAAGACAUCAAGCGGUUCGGGACGGGAUGUUCUACAGCAGAGAAAGCGAAAGGCGCAGUCUCGUUCACCAUCACUAGAGGAAGAUGUUGACAAAGAAGAACGCAUUGCCGCGGAAGAAUCUGAUCGCAUUUUGAGAAGCAAAAAGGUGCAGUCAUCUGCAGUUGUUAAACUGCCACCAGAGCCAACUGUGAAAUCCGUGUCUUCUCAAGUAGUUGUGAAGCGAAAGCUACCUGAAAAAGAAGUAACAACUAAACAAUCUCGCGGCGUGAAGUCACUGUUCUUGAAAGCGAUUAAGGAAGCGGGCGAAACAACAAGAACAGCAAGUCAGAUUGCCGGCUAUGGUAAUGGAUUGACAGCGAAGAAAGAUAAAGAAGUAGUUGAUCAUGGAAAGCAUAAACAGAACGAUAUGAAUGCUGUAGACGAGGAAGAGGGUAUUGAAAUCGAUGUUUACGAUGAUAUUGGUGAUGCUUUGGUUGUCAUGCCGGAUGAAUCAAAUGGUGGAAAUAAUAAUGGUCGUUCAAUCGUGCAAAGAGUUGAUGAAUGCAGCUUAAGUGAACCAGAAGUGGAAAGAAAACGUAUGCGGACAUAUGGACCAAGUUCUGUAGAUGAACCAAAAUUUUACAUAACUUUAAAAGGCGAUUCAAUCAGCGGUUUGGCUAAACGACUUACGAAAAUUGGUGAAGGGAAUGUCGAAAUUGUUAGCAAGAAGAAGGCAAAAAGGCGUCGAAAUGAGACGAAUCCAAUUUUGGCACAUCUGAAUCUAUCGCAGCCAAGACAGGUAAGAAGAGAAGUGUCUCACGAGAAGUCAGUUGCUGACAAUACGGAAAAUGAAACAUGCGUGAUAGAACAUUCUAAUGAGGUUUCCAAUAAUUCAAAACCAUUGCCUGCCUGGGAUUUGCAAAUACAACUGCCGGAAGAAGAUACGAGUGAUGACGGUGAUGAUGAUGGUGAUGAUGCAAUACGUGAUAUUCUUUUUUUAGAAGCGCAAAUUGAUGCUGUUCUUGCCAGUGCUCAGACGGUUGGUCAAGGUUUUGAUGAGGUGCCGCCAACUCCAGCUCUAUCAAGUCCAUUAUUCCGUCCGCAGACCCCGCCACCGCAACUUUUUUAUAGUGCACCACGACAAAAUGUAUUCGCUGUUAGUAGACAGGUAUCAAAUGUAUCGAUAAUAUCAUCAGCAGGGACUGAAAAAAUAAUGGAGCGCUGUAAAUUUUGGCCAAAUUGUUCUCUUCAAAACUGUGUAUAUAUUCACCCAAGUAAACCGUGCAGCAAUUUUCCGAACUGUUCGUUUGGUGACCGGUGUAUUUAUAUCCACCCGCAAUGCAAAUUUGGUCGUAUGUGCUUGAAUCCGAACUGUGUUUAUGCACACAUUUUGAAGACAGCGACGGCUACAGCAACACCAGUAGCUCCAUCACCUGAGGUAGCAGUACAAGCACCACUAAAUUCAGUUAUGCCAACUGCUUCGUAUGCUUUGAAUGUUCCAUGUAAAUAUGGUGGAAAAUGCGCUAAUGCGAGCUGUAGCUUCAAACAUCCGAAGCUUUGUCGUUUUGGUGAUCGCUGUACGAAUCGUGCCUGCUAUUUUUGGCAUCCUAAAGCGAGUGCUGUUGCGCUUCUUAAUACAGCAAGUGGGAAAUAUCGAUGGAAGGCGCCAAGUGUAGCAGCAACUUGA